CGGCUUCCGUUGUGCCACUGUCGAGGCAGAAACGUCAGAGGACACGCGGGUGUUGUCGAAUGUACGAACGGCGAUAAUAAAUUUCUGACGCAGCAAUGGACCGAGAGCAGCUAGAGCAUGAGAACCAACGCCUGGCCGACCAGUUGUCGAACAAGGUGUCCCACCUGAAGAGCCUGGCGUACGACAUGGAGCUGGAGACCAAAGAACACAACCGGCUCCUCGGAGGUCUGUCGUGGGACUUCGAGGGUUCGCACGGCCUGCUGUCGAGCAGUAUGGGCCGCGUGCACAAGAUGGUCGGCGCCGCCAAGGGCAACCGCAGACUCGCCUGCUACGCGGCCCUGCUGGUGGUGGCGCUGGUGCUACUCGGCUACGCCCUGGCCACGAGGCGCUGAACCGCUGAGCCCUGUAAAUACGCGCACUGUCUGGAAUAAAAGAUCGUGGGCUGCUUAUUGGGACUUCCUCGCGGAGGAAAAGCGUGUC